AGAAAAUCGCAUCGCAGAAGAAUGGCGAAUGCGCUCAGCUGCGGGCCGGCUUUCAUUUUGCUGUUGUUUGUGUCGGACCUGGUAUCGGGGCAAAUUCACUACUCGAUUCCCGAGGAACUGGAGCAAGGCGCCUUUGUUGGGAAUAUCGUGAGAGAUUUAGGAUUAAACGUUGAAAAAUUGCUGGUCCGCAAGUUCCGACUGGUCUCUGAUGACAGCCGUCAGUAUCUGAAGGUAAAUUUUGAAAAUGGGAUUUUAUUUGUGAAUGAAAGAAUCGACAGAGAAGAGCUGUGUGGACAGAGCCCGACCUGUUCCCUUUCCUUUGAAGCAGCGGUUGACAAUCCUUUAGAGGUGCAUCCUAUUGAGGUAGAGAUCGUGGAUAUUAAUGACAAUUCCCCCAGAUUUCCAAGGGCUAUAUAUUCCUUACACAUGUUUGAGUCAAUUUUGCCAGGCGGAAGCUUCUCUCUCGAGAGCGCGCAUGAUUCUGACGUCGGUGUGAACACCAUCAUUAAUUACCGGAUCAGUUCCGAUGAGCAUUUCAGCUUGAAGGUGCAAACGAGAAAUGAUGGCAGUAAAAUUGUGGAGUUGCUGCUGGAGAAGGUAUUGGAUCGCGAACGGGAAUCAGCGUUUCAGCUCGUCCUGACGGCCAUUGAUGGUGGAAAUCCCCAGCGGUCUGGCACAGCAGAGAUUAGUAUUACUGUAGUAGACAUGAAUGACAAUGCACCUGUUUUCGACCAUGAAACAUACACAACGAGCAUUCAGGAAAACACACCGAAGGGGACCGUAGUGAUACAAAUCAAUGCUGUCGAUUUAGACUCGGGUGCAAAUGCUGAGGUAAAAUAUAGCUUUUCCAGUCAUUCUUCCGAUAGAGGGCGAAAGCUUUUCCAGUUGGAUUCUGAAACUGGUGAGAUAAAAGUUCAAAGUGUUCUGAAUUUUGAGGUUGCGAAUGUAUAUGAGCUUUAUGUACAAGCGACAGACAAGGGAACGACUCCCAUGGCGGGUCAUGCCAAAGUUGUUGUCAAACUGAUUGACGUGAAUGAUAACGCUCCUGAGAUAAAAUUGCGUUCGAUAUCUCGUGUAGUUCCAGAGGAUGUUACACUCGGGACUGUGGUGGCUGUGAUCAGUGUAACAGAUCGAGAUUCUGGAGAAAACGGAGAAGUUCACUGCACCGUUCCUAUGAACAUCCCAUUUGGACUUCAAAAGUCUCCGAACAACCAGUACAAGUUGGUUGUGGGUGAGACAUUGGAUCGAGAGAAAGAAUCAUCGUAUAACAUCUCCAUUCUCGCCUGGGACGGAGGAACCCCACCGCUUUCAGCAAACAGAACAAUAUUGGUGACGGUUUCUGAUGUGAAUGACAACGCUCCAGAGUUCACGCAAUCUUCCUAUAACGUUUACCUGAUGGAGAACAACACUCCCGGGGCCUCCAUGUUUGCAAUGACCGCUUUAGAUCCGGAUGUGGAGCAGAACGGGGAAAUCUCCUAUUCUGUUGUGGAGAGUCAGAUCCAAGACGUGUCUGCCACCGCUUACAUCAGUGUCAGCUCCAAGAGCGGUAACAUUUACGCACUGCGCUCCUUUGACUAUGAACAACUGAAGCAUUUCCAGAUCAAAGUUCAAGCUCAGGAUGGUGGGUUUCCCCCAUUGAGUAAUGUUGCAUUCGUGAAUGUUAUAAUCCUGGAUCAAAAUGACAAUGCGCCAUUUAUUGUUUCACCUGUAACAAGGAACAACUCCACAGCAGUGGAGAUACCACUACGGUCAACAUACCCAGGUUAUUUAGUCACUAAGGUGUUGGGCACUGAUGCAGAUUCUGGUCAGAACGCACGGCUUUCCUAUCAGCUGAUGGACGCCACUGAUCCCAGUCUGUUCAGUGUGGGGCUGCUCACUGGAGAGAUCAGAACACUGCGAAGAUUGUUGGAGGAAGACGCCACCACACAGAGUCUGGUCAUUUUGUUGAAGGACAAUGGACAGCCCAGCCUGUCCAGCACGGCCACUCUCCUCUUCUCUCUCCUAUCCAAUGUCACUGAUAGUGCUGAACUAAGUGACCGAAUCAAAACUCGGGACCGUUUUUCGCAUCUAAAUCUUUAUGCAAUCGUGGGUUUAGGAUCGACGUCCUUGAUAUUCCUUGUCACUAUAAUUCUACUGGUUGCCAUCAAGUGUAAACAAGACAGAAAUAUUACUGGAGGAUACAGAUGCACAGUUUGUUGUUGUUUGGGACAGGAGAUUUCUAAAGAUAACUUUAGUCGAAAGCCUGCAUCACAUCAAUCUGUAAAUUAUUCUGGAGUUGGAGCUGAACCUUACCAUUACCGCAUUUGCCUAUCUCCAGAGUCAUCCAAGAGCGAAUUUCUGUACCUCAAGCCCUACACUGCCACUUUGCCCUACAGCGAUGUCAGUGUCAACAACACAACCGCCAGACACGAAUUAAGCAGUAGUUUCAUAAUGUGGGCGAUAAUUUUUGGAAAGCUUUGUCACAUUUUGCGUAAUAUGCGAAAGAUUUAUUUGUUUGAAUUCAUCUCUACUUUUGUGUAACCUGUCUUUAAUGCCAAUGUGAUUUGCUUUGAUAUUCUCCGAAUACAGAGUUGGUUCUGGACUUGUUGACCAAUACCACAUUACUUUGUCUACCCGUGAGUGGCUAACAGACAUCCGAAGGACCAUCAAGCCCAAAUUCAAUGCUGACAAUAUAAAAGUAAACCAUCGUAUGCAUUCCAAGUAGCAGUGGGGGAGUUUUGAAAAAAAAUCUACAGUUAAUGACUUUGUGAUACUGUUGAAAUAUCUCUGGGAACUGUAAAAUGUAUCCAACGUUCUCUUGUAUAUGGGUAAACGUAUCGAAGUAUUGAGGUGCAGUUGGAGUGUUGGAUUUCCUAAUGACGAUUGUCGAAUGACUAAUUUUUAACUUUAAUGCAAUCUGAUACUUUUGUCAAAAACGUCAUUGCCUUUGGGACUCCUUCUUCAUACUUGAGACCAACAGUAACAUACAAAAUCAAGCGCAAUACGUAUCCAGAACCAUCAACUGGAACAUUUUUUGUUUCAGUGGUAGUAUCAUUCUUCACCAACAAACUCUUUGUCGUGAAAUUUAGUUAUGUAAAUAAUAUAGGAGCGCAUUUAUAUGCUGGGAAGGAUCGUUGCUCUUUGUUAUUGCCUAAUUUGUUUUUCUAUUGGGAAACAUGGAAGCAAUUUACAUUGUUGCCCAAGCUUAUAUUUGAUAUAAAUGACAUAGCACCUUGUUUUAAGCAGAACUCCUAAUGUUCAUAUGUUAGAAAUGUUAGUAAUAUUGUUCUUAGUUAUUUCUUCAGUCUGUUCCUGCUCUGAGCAGAUGUCAAAUGGUUAUUCCAGUGCCCCCAUCAUACAAGUGCAUGUUUUAUUCACAGAAUACAGCUGUUCUUAGAGGAACUUUGCAAUAUAUUCUCAAAUCAUUUGACGCACAAUUAAUGUUACCGUUGAUAAAUAUUAGGCAAUGUCGACCUUUCUAAUGUGCAGAACAGUUUAUUUCUGGUGUUGUUUUUUCUUCUGGUUUGAAAAAAAGAUAUUUAUGAAUGUAGCUCACUGUUUUUUGCAUUCCUAAUGCUAUGCGUUAUUCGUUUGCGU